GGACUGAUUAAAGCCUGUUUUAUUUCUCUCUGAAAACCUGUCUGAAUGCCAUCUCAAAAUUCUGUUCAAGGGCACAGGACGUUGUAUGUGGGAGUCCGUAUGCCACUGGGGCGGCAGAGUCACAGACAUCAUCGGACCCAUGGGGGGAAGCACAGGAAACGAGAUCGGAUGAAGGGUGUCAUUCAAGAAGAAGGCCACGAUGAAUCCCUAGCUCAUGACACCCCAUCCCAGAGAGUGCAGUUCAUCCUUGGAACGGAGGAGGACGAGGAACAUGUGCCACAUGAGCUGUUUACGGAGCUGGACGAAAUCUGUGUUAAAGAAGGAGAGGAUGCUGAGUGGAAGGAGACGGCAAGGUGGCUAAAGUUUGAAGAAGAUGUAGAAGAUGGAGGUGAGCGCUGGAGUAAACCGUAUGUAGCCACCCUUUCUCUGCACAGCCUGUUUGAACUGAGAAGCUGCAUCAUCAAUGGAACAGUUCAGCUAGAUAUGCGUGCAAACACCAUCGAGGAAAUUGCAGACUUGAUCUUGGACCAUCAGGAUUCUGCAGGUGAGUUAGGAGAUAAUAUGCGAGUCAAGGUGAAGGAAGCACUGUUGAAGAAACAUCACCAUCAAAUAGAGAAGAAACGCAACAAUCUUAUUCCUAUGGUGCGCUCCUUUGCAGAGGUUGGAAAGAAGCAGUCAGAGCCUCAUUUACUAGACAAAAAUAGUCUAUCGGUGUCUCCGCAGCCUACUCCCUCUACAUUAGAAGUAAAAAAUGGAGGAAGCCACGACAACAGCAGUGCUGUUGAUCUCAGCAAGGUGGAUCUUCACUUCAUGAAAAAAAUUCCCAUCGGAGCAGAAGCCUCUAAUGUCCUUGUUGGAGAAUUGGAUUUUCUAGAACGACCCAUUGUAGCAUUUGUUCGCCUGUCUCCAGCAGUUCUUCUCACUGGACUGACAGAGGUCCCAAUACCAACUAGGUUCUUAUUUAUCUUGUUGGGACCAGUAGGAAAAGCACAACAAUACCACGAGAUUGGCAGAUCCAUGGCUACUAUAAUGACGGAUGAGAUUUUUCAUGAUGUUGCUUACAAAGCAAAAGACCGGGCAGACUUGCUAGCUGGAAUUGAUGAGUUCCUGGAUCAAGUGACAGUACUUCCACCUGGAGAAUGGGACCCAUCCAUCAGAAUUGAGCCACCAAAAAAUGUUCCUUCUCAGGAGAAAAGGAAGAUGCCUGGAGUCCCCAAUGGAAAUGUUUGUCAUGUAGAUCCUGAACCAGAGCCAGAACACAGUGGACCAGAGCUGCAGCGCACAGGGAGGCUAUUUGGUGGUCUGGUGGUAGACAUCAAGCGGAAAGCUCCUUGGUACUGGAGUGACUACAGGGAUGCUCUGAGCUUGCAGUGUGUGGCUUCUUUCCUCUUCCUGUACUGUGCUUGCAUGUCUCCGGUCAUCACAUUUGGGGGUUUGCUUGGAGAAGCUACAGAAGGUCGAAUAAGUGCAAUAGAAUCCCUGUUUGGUGCUUCUAUGACAGGAAUUGCUUACUCGCUGUUUGCUGGACAACCGCUGACUAUCCUGGGCAGUACAGGACCAGUGCUGGUGUUUGAGAAGAUUCUCUUCAAGUUCUGCAAAGACCAUGAGCUGUCAUAUCUCUCUUUGAGAGCUUGUAUCGGUCUGUGGACAUCUUUUCUCUGCAUCGUUCUGGUUGCCACAGAUGCCAGCGCAUUGGUCUGCUACAUCACACGUUUCACAGAGGAAGCCUUUGCCUCACUGAUCUGCAUCAUUUUUAUUUAUGAAGCCAUAGAAAAGCUGAUUCAUUUGGGAGAAACAUAUCCUGUUCACAUGCACAGCCAGCUGGACAAGCUAACCCUAUAUUAUUGUAAAUGUGCAGCUCCUGAAGUACCAUCCAACAAGACUUUGCUGUUCUGGAGGACAAACAACAUAACUUUUACUGAAGAUGACUGGGCCAACCUCACCGUUAGUGAAUGCCAGCGGAUGCAUGGAGAAUUUGUAGGCCCAGCCUGUGGACACCAUGGGCCAUAUACUCCAGAUGUUCUCUUUUGGUCCUGCAUUCUGUUUUUUACUACAUUCGCUUUAUCUAGUACACUGAAGACUUUUAAAACAAGUCGGUACUUUCCAACCAAGGUCCGCUCAAUGAUCAGUGAUUUUGCUGUAUUUCUCACUAUUUUGACAAUGGUAAUCAUCGACUAUCUAAUUGGCGUGCCCUCGCCAAAACUUCAAGUUCCAAAUGAAUUUAAGCCAACCAGAGAUGACAGAGGAUGGUUUGUGAACCCAAUUGGACCGAAUCCCUGGUGGACCGUUUUCCCUACAGUCAUCCCGGCCCUCCUUUGCACCAUUCUCAUAUUUAUGGACCAGCAGAUUACAGCUGUUAUUAUCAACAGAAAAGAGCACAAACUUAAGAAAGGAUGUGGUUACCAUCUAGACCUGCUGAUGGUGGGGCUGAUGCUGGGAAUCUGCUCUGUCAUGGGGCUGCCAUGGUUUGUUGCUGCUACUGUGCUGUCUAUCACCCAUGUAAAUAGUCUUAAACUGGAGUCAGAGUGUUCAGCUCCAGGAGAGCAGCCCAAGUUCCUUGGAAUCAGGGAGCAGAGAGUAACAGGACUGAUGAUCUUUGUGCUUAUGGGAUGCUCUGUCUUUAUGACAGCAGUGCUAAAGUUCAUUCCAAUGCCGGUAUUGUAUGGAGUGUUUCUCUAUAUGGGAGUGUCUUCACUGAGAGGAAUUCAGUUCUUUGACCGGCUUCUUCUCUUCGCUAUGCCAGCUAAACACCAGCCAGAUUUUAUCUACCUGCGGCAUGUGCCUCUGCGAAAGGUCCAUCUUUUCACCAUCAUACAGCUGACUUGCCUGGUUUUACUUUGGGUUAUUAAGGCGUCUCCAGCUGCUAUUGUUUUCCCAAUGAUGGUCCUCGCACUUGUGUUUGUUCGAAAAGUAAUGGAUUUCUGUUUCACAAGUCGGGAGCUUAGCUGGCUUGAUGACCUGAUGCCAGAAAGCAAAAAGAAGAAGCUGGAUGAUGCUAAAAACAAGGCUAAAGAACUAGAGGAGGCAGAGAAGAUGCUGCAAGCAGGUGAAGACAAAGGCGUGCAACUUCCUUUAGAGACCAGAAAAUUACUGGGCAGCCCUGGGAGAAACAAUAAUUCCCGAUGUGAUCCCUCUGACAUAAAUAUCUCUGAUGAAAUGCCUAAAACUACUGUGUGGAAAGCUCUCAGUAUGAACAAGAGUUCAAAAGCAGAGGAAAGAAGGUAA